AAUUCAUAGUCAGGAAUGUGGAAAUUUCUGGCCACCAAGAUUAGAAAGUUUCCUUGGAUCUCCAGCGUGGCUUUGUACAGCUGCGUCUUCGCGGCGGGGGAUCUGGCUCAGCAGAAUCUCUCAAAAAAGGAGAAAGUGGACUUUAAACAGACACGAAAUGUCACCACUCUGGCGUUGACUUUUCACGGCCAUUUCAUCUACCUGUGGAUGAAGACCAUCGAGAGCGUGUUUCCCGGCGCCACGGCGGGCAUCAUUCUGCGGAAGCUGGCGUGUGACCAGCUGAUCGGCACUCCCACCGGCAUCAGUGCCUUCUACAUAGAUCAGCUUGACAUUAUCUCCAUGGCUGAUUUGACCACAACUCCAGACGAAAUUGAGAUGGAAAUGGCACGGAUCCAACGGCUUCGGGAGGUGCUUGUCCGGAGGGAAUCGGAGCUGCGAUUUAUGAUGGAUGACAUUCAGCUGUGUAAAGAAAUAAUGAAUCUAAAGCAGGAGCUCCAGAAAUUAGUCUCCAUUCCAGAAAAGGAUAAAUGCAAAGAGGACAAACAGAAGGAGGAUAUGCUGAUCCAGAAAAUCCAUAAAUUAGUGGAGAAAAGGGACUUUCUGGUUGAGGAUGCAGAGGUGGAGAGAUUAAGAGAAAGAGAAGAAGACAAGGAAAUGGAAGAGUUUCUCCAAUCUAAAUUAAGACCUCUAAAAUAUGUAACUAAGACACCUCUGGAGGCUCCAAAAGAGAUGUCUGCAGUUAAGGAACCUCCUCCAAACAAACCGUCAGUCACCAAAGCUGGAAUGGCCUUAAUAAAAGAUUGCUGUGGAACUACACAGUGUAACAUUAUGUAGCUCCCGUGAAUCAGAUUUGAAUUUCCCAAGUAUUUGUGAAAGAGAAUUACACCUAGGUUGGACAAGUAACAGCUGACUAUACCAUACUGCGAUAAAAGACUGUUGAAGUGAGUCUGCCCUUCAUGCAUGGAUCACAAACUCUGUAUGCUAAAAAUCAAAGUGCAUCUCGUUUCCACUGGUAGAAUGUGAACUUUUUAUACCUGGCAUGUGAGAAUAAGUAGUUUUAUGAUAUUGUUCCAGAAGUACUAACAGGAUACAUAUACCACUUAUAAAAUUUCCUACGAACACUAAUAGGAUUUUACAGGGUUUUCAGUGGAACAACUCUUCCAGGCUUAUUUCAUAUUCCUCGAGAUUUCACCAGGCAUUUCAGCCGGAGACUCACAAACAAUUACAACACUUUGCUGUGAAAGAGCAUACUCAGCUGAAAGUCAGGUAACAAACUUUACAAAAUUUAAACUCAGUGACUGUAACAGGGAUAGAGACACAUUCUGUCCUGCAGAAAAAUGUACAGUGACCAAGUAGAGAUAGUCAUGUAUAAUUUAAAAUGUUCUUAUUGUAUUACAAUUGUUUCCUUAUUAAUGAAUAUGAUAUUGUUAAUGUACUAUAGAAUUGAGAUUCAUCAGUAAUCAAAUAUAGAGUGAAGACAUGGUUAGAAUGUUGUAAAAUCUGCAAUAAAGGAGUUUUUUUAAAAAAAAGUUUGGGGUCAUGGAGAAGAAAUUCAUCUUUGGGAGGAACACAAAAAUCUGUGGGAAUUAACCUUUGCCUCAAGAUUAAUUUCUCCCCAAUGUCCUUGUAAUUAAUUUGAUUACUUUCAUUUCUUUUCCCUUGUUGGUUAUAUUUGAAUAAAUGUUCCCUUUCAUGCACCAUUUUCUCCUUGGCAUAGAAGCAACUUCAGAGGCUCAUGUAGCUCCAAUGGUAGAAGGCAGUGAGAGCACAUGAAAUGUGGUAGAACCAGGUAGUUCUGAAACCAAUUCCCAACACAUUUGCACGCAACAUAAAUGAAAGUGAACUUUAGUCUUUCUCCUGACUCAUUGUGAUCUCAUAUUUAAAUACAAUGACUAAUCCAAUAUUUGUUCUUAUUUAAUGUUGAAUCUUUUAUCUAUUGCUACAUUCUAUUUUAAUGAAAUGUACAAUUAUUGAAAUGUGGUUAAACAGCUGUGCAUUUAGGCUCUGAUCACAAUAAAGUCAUUUGCU